GCAACUGCCUGAUCUCUCUCUCUCCCUCCCUCUCUCUCUCUGUUGAUCCUUACAUUCAUACGUAAAUAAUAUCUAUAUAUAUAUACAUAUAUCGUAUCGGCGUGUCGUGUCGUUGGACGGCGCAAGCAGGAGGGCAGCAUACCUCUCUCCUCUGUCUCUGUGUGUAUGUGUGUUUGUUUGGGUGUUUGUGGGUCUGUGAAUCCGAAUUGCGUUAUUUUUUUCUCGUGUGAGUUUUCCUUUUUCUUGCUUUCUCUCUCUCCGCUGCUAGCGUUACUCGCCGUCCUCAUCGGUACUAUAGGAUUUAAGAACAUAAUUUACAGCCAUAAUACUCGCACUUCGGCGAAUCGCCCGUUUUGUUCUCCGCUUAUUUAUUAUUAUAAUUUUGCCUUCCGUUUCUUUAUCUGCUUACUCGUUGAACUCAAUGUGUGGGGGCGGCGUGGUUGCGUAGAGGUGCGUGUAUAUGAGUGAAAGCCGAACUUCGAAUAUAUAUAUAUAUAUAUAUAUAUCCAUCUUGUACUUUUCUCCGUACACCGCACUCGGCAGUAAUGGGAAACGUCAUCUCCGGCUGGUUUGAAAGCCUCUUCGGCAACAAGAAGGCAAACAUUGUAAUGAUCGGCCUCGACGCGGCCGGCAAGACGACCAUCCUCGAUAAGCUGAAGCUCGGCGCGUCACGCGACACCGUGCCGACCAUCGGCUUCCAUGUGGAGACCGUCGACUACGGUCGAGUCUCGUUUCAGGUGUGGGACGUCGGCGGUCAGAAGCGGCUGCGCACGCUGUGGAAGAUGUAUUACGACGGUGCGAAUGCGGUAAUUUUUGUGGUAGACAGCAACGACCGCGCCCGUGUGGCGGAGGUGAAGGAGGAGCUUCGGACGUUGCUGUCGGAGCCGGUGUUGGCGGGCGCCGCGCUGCUGGUGCUGUGCAACAAGCAAGAUCUGCCGCAGCGGCUGACGCCGGCGGAGCUGGUCGAUGCGCUGGGCUUUCGUGACCUGUCUGAGCAGGGGCUGGGACGGCUUCUCGCCGGGCGGAAGUGGUUUGUGCAGGGCUGCUGUGCCCACACGGGUGAUGGGCUGUACGAGGGGUUAGACUGGAUGUGCACACACUUGCCGGAUGAUACAUAG